UAUUAUCUCCGAUUCUUUUGUCCUGGCCCCGAUGUGCUCGGAUUGUUCCCAUGCCGAUGUUCAUGUAACUGGAUCAAGGUAUAACUUAAGGAAUAGGAUUCGCAUUCUAUGUGCGGAAGUUAUGUACAGCACCUACCGCCUCGGCCGAAUAGAUCUCCCUCGCGAAGCCCCUCCACCGGUAGAGAGGAGAGCUUGUAUUGUAGUUGUGACGGUCAUCACUUGUUAUAUAUCCUUCUCAUGUGCAGGGUCUUCCAAAUUAUGUUUCUAUGGUCUGGGCUGUGUAUCCCCAAUCGUGAGGGCGGCGGUAAUGGGUUGGAGUUUGAACGGCAGACUGCAUCGGAAAUAUAUUCCCGAUGGUCUUCGCAUCGGACACUGAAUGUAGCGGAGAUGUUGUUUUUACAAUCUAGACAUGGAGAAUGUCUAGGUCUAUCUGUUUUCAACAGUUUAAGCUAUUCAGUCUGGUUUUCUGGGAUUGAGUUUUUUUUUGACUUGGUGGUAGUGUAAAUGACUUGGGCGGUCGAGGCGGGUGGUGGGACAUGUUACGGCAUCACAGAGUAAGAGGACGGAC